AUUCGAACAUUGGGGGGGGGGGGGCAGGCAACGUUAUCUGUGAGUUCUCCCCACGAGAGAACGAGUCUUCUUCAGAAAACGUUUUGUGGACUUGUUGUCAGUCGCGCUAUUGUGAGGAUGGAGUCGGAGUCAUAAUGUAAUGGCGGCCGACUCCGGCUCAGUGACGUCACUCACGUCAUCGGCCGCGAAGCCGAGUUGCUGCAUUGCGGCGGGCGCAGGGGAACGGCCAGGUGCGGGAUCCGGCCCGUGUCAAUGGCAUUUGACGCACAUCCGGAGCCGGAGCCCAUCUCAGCUGAUUUUGGGCGACAUUUCGACUCAUUCAAACACUUUCGCUGAUUAAAGCGUUGAUGUCAGCUGGCCAUGUCCACCAUGGUGUACCCUCGCGAAGAAGCCCUGGAGCGUCUGAGCCAGGACGAGAUCGUGGUCAACACCAAGGCCGUCGUGCAGGGCUUGGAGACGCUGCGCGGCGAGCACGCGCAGCUCCUCGACUCGCUCCUCGACUGCGCCCAGCCGUCCGCCGCGCGGGAAAAGUCCGCCGCGCUCCGCAAGAGCAUGGAGGCCAUUGAGCUGGGCUUGGGAGAAGCUCAAGUGAUCGUCGCCCUGUCGGGCCACCUGAGCGCCGUCGAGUCGGAGAAGCAGAAGCUGCGCGCUCAAGUGCGCCGCCUGUGCCAGGAGAACCAGUGGCUGCGCGACGAGCUGGCGGCCACGCAGCGCAAGCUGCAGCGCAGCGAGCAGAGCGUGGCGCAGCUGGAGGAGGAGAAGAAGCACCUGGAGUUCAUGAACCAGAUCAAGAAGCUGGACGACGACGACGACGACGACGACGACGUCGCCGCCUCGCCCUCGGCGGAGAAGGACCGAAGCUCGGGCGGGGAGGCGGCCAAGGACGGCCUGGACGACUUGUUCCCCAACGACGACGAGCACGGGGCGGCUCGGCCGAGCGGCGAGGCGGCGGCGCGGCGGGGCGGUUACGAAAUCCCCGCCCGCCUCAGGACGCUCCACAACCUGGUGAUCCAGUACGCCUCGCAGGGCCGCUACGAGGUGGCCGUGCCGCUGUGCAAGCAGGCCUUGGAGGACCUGGAGAAGACGUCGGGGCACGAUCACCCCGACGUGGCCACCAUGCUCAACAUCCUGGCUCUGGUCUACAGGGACCAGAACAAGUACAAAGAAGCGGCGCACCUCCUCAAUGACGCCCUCGCCAUCCGAGAGAAGACGCUGGGCAAGGACCACCCGGCGGUGGCGGCCACCCUCAACAACCUGGCCGUCCUCUACGGCAAGAGGGGCAAGUACAAGGAGGCGGAGCCUCUGUGCAAGCGGGCGCUGGAGAUCCGGGAGAAGGUGUUGGGCAGGUACCACCCCGACGUGGCCAAGCAGCUCAACAACCUGGCGCUGCUGUGCCAGAACCAGGCCAAGUACGCCGAGGUGGAGUACUACUACCGCCGCGCGUUGGAGAUCUACCAGUCCAAGCUGGGCGCCGACGACCCCAACGUGGCCAAGACCAAAAACAACCUGGCGACGUGCUACCUGAAGCGGGGCAAGUUCAAGGACGCCGAGGCGCUCUACAAAGACAUCCUGACCCGAGCGCACGAGCGCGACUUCGGCUCCGUCGACGAUGACAACAAGCCCAUCUGGAUGCACGCCGAGGAGCGAGAAGAGAGCAAGGGCAAGCGCGAGGAGGCGGGGCCGUACGUGGAGUACGGGAGCUGGUACAAGGCGUGCAAGGUGGACAGCCCCACGGUCAACGCCACCCUCAAGAGUCUGGGCGCCCUGUACCGCCGCCAGGGCAAACUGGAGGCGGCCGAGACGCUGGAGGAGUGCGCCAGCAAGUCCCGCAAGCAGGGCUUUGACGCCGUCGAUCGAAGCAAGGUGGUGGAGCUCCUCAAGGACGGAGGAGGAGAGCGCCGACACAGCAGGGAAGGAGGGAACGGCCCCGGGGCGCCGAGGGGCGACGGCGAGGCCGACGACUCCGGCGAGUGGAACGGGGACGGAAACGGCUCCCUCCGCCGGAGCGGCUCCUUCGGGAAGAUCCGCGACGCCCUGAGGAGGAGCAGCGAGAUGCUGGUGAAAAAGCUGCAGGGCAGCGGCCCGCAAGAACCGCGCAACCCGGGAAUGAAGAGAGCGAGCUCCCUCAACUUCCUGAACAAGAGCGCCGAGGAGACCGCGCAGGACGCUAACUCGGGCCUGUCGGACUGUCGGGGACUCAGCGCCAGCGACGUGGACCUGACGAGACGCGACUCCCUCAUCGGCUAGAUGCGGUCGGGCGCCCGACCGCGCACUUAGUUUUUGGUUUUUGUUUGGUUUUUGUCAGACACGGCGUCGCUGUCGUACGUUCCCACUCGGCGUGCGAAAAAGCCAACGCCUCGUGACGCUGACGUACCCGCGACGCGUCUUUCACCACUUCGCUGCGAUUCGUCGCUCGCUCCCCGUCGCGUGACGCUGGACGCCGUCCCUUCCCGUGAUUGGCUGUUGAGAACACGGCCGUGGCUUGGGGCCAGAACGGGAAGUGCCGGUUCGCGUCCAGAUUUAGCAGCUCCAUGAAUGUCGCACAAUUGAAUCCGAUUGUAUUAGUUCUUCUAGCGGGAGCACCGUUGUCCGACAUGUUGCCGCCAAUCGACAAAUGCACUUGAAGGCGCUUCAAUAAAUUAUUCAACACGUA